GGCUCUUUAUAAACAUGGCCGUUAAGUCCUUUAUAGCAUCAGGUACUGCGUUUGGCUGAAUUUGUUAGACUUUCAGGAAGUCGCUGAGGGUAACGAAGACAGUAACAGGUGGAAAGAAGAUGUAGACACACAACGGGCGCCUCUAAGUUAUUUCCAUCGUUUUAUCUCUGCACGUGGACGGCGUUUAUAAACUUCAUGUAAGUUAGUACUUUGCGCUAGCUAGCUAGCCAAGCUAACGCCGACGCCUCAACGUUACGUUAACUUCUGUCAACUUUUUCAACCAGCUAGCGUAACAGGCUACUUGAAUGCUUCUGGAAAUGGAGGAGUGUCGUCGCUUGCCCAGGCUGUCUCGAUGAAUAUUUUACACACGGACGUCUCGGAUUGACUCUGCUCGGGGCUGACCUAAACUUUCUUAGAGGCUCCAUUUGGGUUGUUUUUUUUCGACUGGCAGCAGCCCAUUUAGGAACAUCACCGAGAGGGCGGACAUAAACAAUGUUUUCUGUCAAACCCAUGAAACCAACCUUCAGGUGUUACCUUCCUCCUGUUCAGACUGAUGUGAAGAAAACUAUUGAACCACCCAUUAAAAAGUUGGAGCCUAAGUUACUUCAGGGGGAAAUAGUAGUUAAUGAGGUGAACUUUGUGAGGAAAUGCAUCAGCGCUGAAAGCAGCCAGGAUGACCUUUGGGGAAAGUUGAUUUGCACAAACUUUAAGGUCUCCUUCAUCCCUCAAGAUGCCCCACCUAAACAGAAGUCUAAGUUGUCCCACCUCCUUCUCGAAGAGCAUGAUAUCCCUCUCACAUGUUUGGAGCAAGUAGUAACAGUAAAUGAUACAAAGGGGAAGAAGAAAGUAUUGGGGUCAAACCAAAAGCUGAAGUUCAACCCCACAGAGCUGAUCCUCUACUGCAAAGACUUGCGCAUCUUAAGGUUCUGCUUUGAUGAAGCUGGGCCUGAGAGUGCCAAAAAGGUUUGCCUUGCUAUUGCCCACUAUUCCCAUCCAGCUGAUCUUCAACUGCUGUUUGGCUUUGAGUAUCAAGGGCGGCGAUAUCAUGAAUCUAAAAGGGAGCGAGUUAAUGGUUCCACCCCUCGAGGACGAUUACAGACCCCCAUUUUUGACUGUCCGCCAGACUGGGAUCGGGAGAUCAAGAGGACAGGGGCAUCAGAGUGGAGGGUGUGCUCCAUCAACGAGAAUUAUGUCAUCUCAACAAGUCUUCCAGAGCACAUUGUGGUCCCAGUUUCUCUGGCAGAUCAGGACCUAAAGCAGUAUUCCAUAUACUUCUCUGAUCAGCGUAUCCCUCUCUGGUGUUGGAAUCACCCAAAUGGGAGUGCUCUUGUCCGCAUGGCCAUCAUAAUUGAUCCAGUACAGCAGAGGAAGACUGAUCAAAAGAUCUUCACUGCCAUCACAAAAAGCCACCCACACCGCAGUGAAGUCAUCAGGUCAGAUCUAGACAAGUGUCUGCCUAACAUCCAGGACAUCCAGAGUGCCUUUCUUAAAAUGAGGCAGAUCUGUGUCAUAGAUCCUUUUGAGGAGACUGAGGAGAGGUGGCUUUCAUCUAUUGAAAACACACGAUGGCUGGAGUACGUCAGAGCUUUCCUGAAACACUCCGCUGAGUUAGUGUACCACCUGGAUGGAAAGAAUGUUUCAGUUGUUCUCCAAGAGGAAGAAGACCGAGACCUGAAUUGUGUAGUGUCCUCCUUGGUGCAGCUCAUGUUGGACCCUCAUUAUCGCAGCCUCAUUGGCUUUCAGACUUUGGUGCAGAAGGAGUGGGUGAUGGCUGGCCAUCGCUUCUUGGACAGAUGCAACCACUUAAAGAAGAAUGACAAAGAGGAGCUCAAGUCCCCGUUGUUCACGCUGUUCCUGGACUGUGUGUGGCAGAUGACGAACCAGUACCCAGCAGCAUUCGAGUUCACCGAGACCUACCUGACAGUACUGAGUGAUAGCAUGUGGAUCCCACUCUUUAGUACAUUCCUCUUCAAUUCUUCCAAACAGCGUGCUCAGCACUUGAUGGACUUUGCCAAGAAUAAAGCCAUCCCUCAAGGAGAAGACCAGGUUGUGUAUUUCCCUCCUGUUUGGGACUGGUCACAGCAGUUCUCCACCAAAGACCAAACCCUCUUUAACAACCCUAUGUACGUAGGCAAAGGAGCUGCCUUUGCUCAGAAUGGGGAAGUGAAAACCUUCAGACGCACAAAGAAAACCUACAGUUCCACAUUGCGAGGAAUGUCUGCAUCUAUGCGUAAUGGACUGAAGGAUGGAGAGGAUUCGUUGACCCGCCGGGGAUCUCUGGUGUCGGAGCUGAAGCCUGACUUCUCACCAGUAAAAGACGAAAGCCCGUCAGAGCGCUUCUUCAGGGACUGGUUCUCUCGACCUGCUGACCAGCAGGGUGUCCUUAUCCCCCUGCUCAUGCCCUCACACAUGGCUCUCUGGAAGCUCUUCUUUCUACGCUGGGUUCCUGAAGCCUGCAUUCCCAAAGGAGGCCCCAUCACCAUUUACCACAAGCUCUCCCAACUGGUUGAUGAAAUUGAGAUACUCCAGAGCCACGUCAGGCGGUAUAAGGGACCCAGUCCAGGCAGCACGCCACUCCCUAGCCCAAGUGGGCCCCCUUCAGACCAAAGGAGGAUGUAUUUUAAGUCCAGUUCCCCACAAGACCCACUUACACCUCCAGACUUUCUUACCUCCUCCUUUCCUUUCACCCCAGUGGGAAACCUGUGCCGCCGCAGUAUCCAUGGGACUCCCAUUAGCAAAUUUCUGAAUGGGGCGAGGAUCUGGCUCUCAACAGAGACUCUUGAUAAUGAUACUGUCUGAGGAUGUGGGGCUUUAGGUUCACUUUUCUGGUUCUUAGUACAGGUUUGUGUGAUAAUUAAUCAUCUUAUUUUCUCUUACCUCUUUCUUAAAUACCGAGAAGGAAAAUGAGAAAUAGAAAAAUGUAACUUUUGGACUAUUUAUAAGCUAGAAUUUGCACCAUUGAUGCAGCAUCGAAAUCUGAGGUAGUUUCUAAACUGAAGUGUCAUCUACAGGCCUGAAUCAUUAUUGUCAUUAUCCUUGACGAUUUCAAUUUAACUGAAGCACAUCCUCCCUAUCGGCCUGUAAAUUGUUACUGUGAGGUCUCCUGACUGUGAAAGAUCACCAUACCUAUGCAUUUUUGUAAUGGAUGUCUUGUCUACUUCAGCUUCGGUCAUUCUCAAGAUGUAGAUAUGCUAAGUAGCGUACUGUAUGGUCCACACAAAAGGGUGCUUUUGGAGAUUUUAAUAUUGAGUUUCGGAUGAGGUUGAGAGCUCAUUCUCCAAGAUUUACCAAUGAUGCACUGCACAUUUAAAGCAAUAAUUGAAGUAUGUGUGUUUGUAGCAACGCAAUCUAUUUAGUUGUCCUGGCGUUGAAUUGUCAGUAAGACUUCCCCACUGUAAUGGAAUUGAAAAAUUUAAACAAAAAAGUAAUGGUUGAAAUUAGAAAAGGCCCGUUUCUAUUGCAGCAGCAAUGAUGCAUUUGACUGAUUACUGAUUUCCGAGUACUCAGUGUGUUGUACCUUCAAGGAAAUCUAAUUAAAGAUGUAAUAUUUUACUUCGUUUUUAUUUCAGAAAGAGGAACAGAAAAUAACACUGCUAACACGAAUGAUAGUAUGUGGUAAAAACAAAGAGGAUCUGGUUGAAUGUAAUGGGGCGUUUUCAUUUUUUUCUGGGGGUUUUUUUGUUGCUUUUUUUUGCACAAACUUUAAAGUGUAAAACUGUAAGUAGCAAAUUUCAGGGUCUUACUUUGUGGAUGUACUCUAUUUUUGAAACAGAGGAAAUAACAUUUUAGUAUCAUAAAGCAGGCGAAACUUAUAGAGGGAAGUGUACCUGUGAGGACUUCAAUCUGUGGUAGAUAUUUCCUCUUCUCUUUUGAAGGGAGGCCGUCUGGUAAAGGCACUGGUGAGAUAAUAUUCAGAGGAACAGUACCUGAAUGGGUAAAUAUUUGAAAGCAAAGGGACAGACAAGGGCUUUGACUCAGUCUCUAGUUUAGUAAGUAGUGAAUUGGAUUCCAGGAAGUGAAGUUACUGAUCCAAUGAACUGGACAGUGAUGAGUCGUUGACAAGUGAGUUUCAAGGCAGCACAUGAGAAAACACCAGCAAUAAAUAAUCUGGAUUGCGAGUGUCAUGAAUACACCAUGUGGGUAAUUUUGACAUUUCAAAAUAAAAUGUCAAUUAAGGUCAGUUGUCAACUAGAACUACAGUUCACACAAGAAAAGCCUGAUAUUUGCACAGCGGGAAAAGGAUUGAAAGACAUUAACUGUAUACACUGUUGAACAUUCUGUAUGUUGCUAGAACAAUACUUAAAUUUGUAAUAACAUUUGUUCAUGCCGUUUUUUUGUUUUUUUUUCUCCAGAUAAUGCUACUCUGCGUAGAGGAAUAACAGGAGAAAACAAGCAGUGAAGUUACUGUACUUACAGUCAGGAUAGUGGUAGUGAGGUUAGAAAGAUGUUUAUGAUUUUCUAGUGAGGUAAACUUCCAGUGUGCUGUAAAGAUUUUGAGAAGUUCACUACAUGCUGAACAAGGGAAUAGUUUGAGACACAUCGUGGGAAAUGGAUCAGCUAUCCAUCACCCCUUUUGAACCUGGUGAGAGUAGCUAGCUAGCACUGUGUAAUAUCAUAAUGUCUAAAUAACAAUACAGCAUUAAUAUAAAAGCCAUUUGUAAUUUUAAAUACAAGACCACUGGACAGACUCAAUACCUGUCCUAGUACACAGGAGCAUUGAUCCGUAGAUGCUAGAUCGACCAGUUUCCAAUGAUAUUAAAAUCAACUCGUUAUUCUUUGGCAAUAACUAGUUCAGGUAUUUUUUGGUAUAGAUGUGUAUAGUGUGAGUGCAGAACCGGCUCUCCCAAAUGCUAAUAAUUGCACAUUUUACUCAAUAUAUAUAUAUUCGAUAGUUUGUUUUAAGCUGGUUGUUUAAAUAUAAAUUUUGCAAAUAUUAUAAAUGCUAUUAUAAAUAAUGUAUAUGCUUGAAAUCUUCCUAUUAAUAUUUUUGAUUAAUGGUACUAAAUAAUCCUUGACUUAGUCUUUAUAUUUUCUGGAGAGAGAUUUAAGUGCUGUUUGUGUUUUGACUAAUUCACAAUGUUGCACUCUGCUGUAAUUGCAUGAUGACCGUGUUUCCACUGUGGCACAGUUUGACAUUGAUCAGCAGCAGAUGUAUUUAUUCAGUUAUGCAAAUGUUCUCUAAGAGGGAUGCAGCUUCUACUGUACAUCCCCGGUGCCUUUUUGGGAAGAUUUACCUUAUUUGUAACUGUAUUCUAAAUCUGAGUUAUUUUAGUUUUCUAAAACUGUUGAUUUAUCAAUUCUGUAAAUCUAGUUAAAUUCAGUGGUACUGCACUGAAGCUUUUUUUCCUAACAGAAAAAUAAGGCUCAAAUGUGUACCAGUAACCAAUCAUUACAUUAUUUUUUAAGAUUAA